AUGCUGGAGUCCUAUGUAACUCCAAUUUUGAUGAGUUAUGUGAAUCGCUACAUAAAGAACUUGAAGCCUUCAGAUCUGCAGUUGUCACUCUGGGGAGGAGACGUUGUACUUAGUAAACUUGAACUAAAGCUGGAUGUACUUGAACAGGAGCUGAAACUACCAUUUACUUUUUUAAGUGGGCAUAUUCAUGAACUUCGGAUUCAUGUGCCAUGGACAAAAUUGGGAUCAGAACCAGUUGUCAUCACAAUCAAUACAAUGGAAUGCAUCUUGAAAUUAAAAGAUGGAGCUCAGGAAGACCACGAAAGUUGUGGUUCCAGUUCAACAAACCGCAGUACUACGGAAAGCAUGAAAUCAGCAGUAAAACCACGACGAGUUCAGCAAUCUGCUUCUCCUGACCCUGACUUACCUCCAGGUUAUGUUCAGAGUUUGAUUAGGCGUGUUGUGAACAACGUCAACAUUGUGAUCAACAAUCUCAUAUUAAAAUACGUGGAGGAUGAUAUUGUUCUCUCAGUCAAUAUCACUUCUGCAGAAUGCUAUACAGUGGAUGAGUUUUGGGAUCGAGCAUUUAUGGACAUUUCUGCCACAGAUCUGGUACUGAGAAAGAUGAUCAACUUUUCUGACUGCACAGUAUGUCUUGAUAAGAGAAAUGCUAGUGGUAAAAUUGAAUUUUACCAGGAACCUCUGCUGUACAAAUGUUCCUUCAGGACUCGUCUGCAUUUUACUUACGAUAACCUCAACUCCAAAAUGCCAUCUAUUAUUAAAGUUCACACAUUAGUUGAAAGUUUGAAACUUUCAAUCUCUGAUCAGCAGCUUCCUAUGUUUAUACGUAUAAUGCAACUUGGGAUUGCUCUUUAUUAUGGAGAAAUAGGCAACUUCAAAGAUGGGGAAAGUGAAGAUUUGAUUUGCCACACUAAAGAUAUGUUGGGAAAUAUCACAGGCACAGAAGAUGAAACAAGCUCAGUAAUGCAAUAUCCAACACCGUAUAUUAAUCAAGAUCCUUAUUUGCAUCAAGAUGAUGACCAGCAACAAGGAUGGGUUUCUUGGGCUUGGUCUUUUGUUCCUGCUAUUGUGAGUUACGAUGAUGAAGAGAAUGAUUCUAGUGGAAUUGAUGAUGGAACGACGCUACAUCAACAGAAAUCUCAAUCCCUCAAGGAUCCUAUUGUUUCAAUUGGGUUUUACUGUACAAAGGCAACAGUGACUUUUAAGCUCACUGAAAUGCAAGCUGAAAGUAGUUAUUACAGCCCUCAGAAAGUAAAAUCCAAAGAAGUUAUAUGCUGGGAACAAGAAGGAACCACAAUUGAGGUCCUUAUGAAAGGUGAACUUUUCUUUGAUUGCCAAAUAGGUUUUGUUGGUUGCCAAGCUAUGUGCCUUAAAGGAAUUAUGGGAAUUAAAGACUUUGAAGAGAACAUGAAUAGGAGUGAAGAAGAGGCCUACUUCUUUAAUUGCGGAGAAAAUUUGAGUGCAAAAGGGAUGACGUACCUUACAAAUUCACUGUUUGAUUACCGAAGUCCAGAAAAUAAUAGUAUUCGUGCAGAAUUUAUAUUGGAUGCAGCUCAUCAUAAGGAGACAUACACAGAGAUAGCUGGAAUGCAGAGGUUUGGGGCUUUCUACAUGGAUUACUUGUACACAAUGGAAAGCACCAGUGGCAAAGUUUCUGGGAAUCAGCAAGAUCUUUCUUCAGUAAAGAGUGAAGAUUUUGGAAAUGUUCAGGAGAUGUCUACAAAAAGUCUCAUUGUGGGUCCACUAAAUCUUCGACUGGAUAGCAGUGCGGUGCACCGGAUAAUGAAAAUGAUAGUUUGUGCUCUGGAACAUGAAUAUGAGCCAUACAGCAGAACUAAGCCAGAUAUUAUGGAUGGAAAUAGAACUAUGCCAAGCUCAGAAGAAGUCGCAUCAUUGGAGGAAUACAUUCCCACUCGACUUACAACAUUCACUGUUCUUAAGUGUACAAUUGUAAUCCCUGUGGCAGAAUUCAAUUUACUAGACCACUUGAUUCCAGUCAUCAUGGGUGAGAAGAACUUAAGUGGACUGUUAAAUGCAGCCAGCUUCCAGCCCCUGCGGCCUUUACCUUCUAUCCGAAUUUUGGUGGAUAAGGUUAACCUGGAGCACUCGGUGCCGAUGUAUGCCGAGCAACUGGUGCACAUGGUCAGCAGCCUCAGCCAGCCCUCAGACAACCUGCUUCAUUACUGUUACUCACACUGCUAUCUGAAGAUAUUUGGUUUUCAAGCAGCACUGACUUCUCUGGACAGUAAAGGAUUAUACUGCUUCCCUGUUCCAGUUAUUCCCUCAUUCAGUACUGCUGUUUAUGGCAAGCUGAUCAAGUUUCCCAAAUACUGGACCAAGCGAGCUCAUGUCCCACUAACAGAGUGCAUAUUUGAGCUUCCUAAUUUGACAGUUCAAGCAACUAGAGCUCAAACCCUUCUGCUUCAAACUAUUUAUCAGAGCUGGUGUCAUCCUGUUGGAAACGUCAGUUCGGUGGUGGUAAAUGAAGCUUUACUGAAUGAAGUUUUCCAAACUUCAGGUGUGAAAUCUAAGAAUCCCCUGCCAACUCUUGAGGGCUCAAUCCAGAAUGUUGAAUUGAAGUACUGCGGCACAUCAUUGGUCAAAUGUGCCUCUGGGACCAUGGGAUCAAUAAAAAUUUGUGCCAAAGCCCCAGGUGAUGGUGGAAAAGAGAAGCUGAUUCCUUUAAUUCAAGGCCCUUCUGACACCAGAGACUUACACAGCAGUAAAUGGCUCAAUGAGAGUAGAAAGCCAGAAUCUCUCUUAGCUCCAGAUUUGGUAGCCUUUACAAUCCAAAUUCCACAGUAUAUGGACUACUGCCAUAAUUCUGGUGCAGUACUCUUGUCCAGCGUACAAGGAUUAGCAAUUAAUGUUGAUCCAGUCCUGUAUACUUGGCUUAUCUACCAACCUCAGAAACGAGCUAGUAGACACAUUCAGCAGCAGUCUGUAGGAACUGUUCCACUUGGUGUGUCAGUAAGUCGAAAAAAAGAGGAUGAAGCAUCAGUUGGAAGUGCACCUUUGGCAAGACAGCAGUCAAAUCAAGCCUCUGAAUAUGCCAGCAGUCCUGUCAAAACAAAAACAGUAACAGAAUCUCGUCCUUUGUCACUUCCUGUGAAAACCAUGCUGAACUCAUCUGAGAGCUGCAGAAGUCCUGAAGAAAGAAUGAAGGAAUUUAUUGGAAUAGUGUGGAAUGCAGUUAAACGCCUUACACUUCAGCUUGAAGUGCAAUCUUGUUGUGUAUUCCUUCCGAAUGACAGCCUGCCUUCCCCAAGUACUAUUGUAUCGGGUGACAUUCCUGGGACUGUGCGAAGCUGGUACCACGGGCAGGCCAGUAUGCCUGGCACACUUGUCGUCUGCUUGCCUCAGAUAAAGAUUAUGAGUGCUGGACACAAACACAUGGAACCAUUGCAGGAAAUCCCAUUUGUUGUGCUGAGACCCAUCCUGGAAGAAGGUGAUGCUUUUCCAUGGACUAUUAGUCUGCAUCAUUUCAGUAUAUAUACUCUCCUUGGACAACAGAUGACACUUAAUUUAGUGGAACCGAUGGGCUGUACUUCUACUUUAGCUGUUACUUCACAGAAACUGCUCUCUUCGGGGCCAGAAUCCAGACACUCAUUUGUUGUCUGCCUCCAUGUCGACCUUGAGUCCCUUGAAAUAAAAUGCUCCAACCCCCAGGUACAGCUUCUGUAUGAAUUGGCUGAGAUCACAAGUAAAGUUUGGAAUAAAAUUCAGAGGAAAGGAAUUCCCUAUCAAUCUUCUGCCUAUACUGAAACCAUGACAGGACCCGCUCCUCCUAGCUCUCCAAUUAAAAGUAGUGUUGGUACUGCUCCACCAGACACCAGCACAUAUAGCCCAUCUGCUGACAUUGGGACCACUACAGAGGGUGAUUCUCUUCAGGGUGGUGAUGAUUCUCCGUUCUCAGAUUCAAUUACAUUGGAACAAACAACAAGUAAUAUUGGAGUCUCAAGUGGACGUGUCAGCCUAUGGAUGCAGUGGAUGUUGCCAAAAAUUACUAUAAAAUUGUUUGCUCCUGAUCCUAGAAACAAUGGCACAGAAGUUUGUGUUGUCAGUGAAUUAGAAGACCUCAGUGCCUCAGUGGAUAUGCAGGAUGUCUAUACCAAAAUCAAAUGUAAAAUAGAAAGCUUCAAUAUUGACCAUUACAGAAACAGGCCAGGGGGAGACUGGCAGUCAGGACAUUUUGAAGGAAUAUUUCUACAAUGCAGAGAAAAACUUUUGACAACUGCGAAACUUUUAGAUGGCUCACACCAACAACAUGGAUUUCUUUCUCUCACUUAUACCAAAGCUGUGACAAAAAAUGUCCGGCACAAACUGAUAUCAAGAAACGAACGAAGAACAUUCCACAAGCUAUCAGAAGGUCACACUGAUGGUUCUCCUCACUUUCUUCAUGAGAUCCUUCUUUCUGCUCAGGCCUUUGAUGUGGUCCUCUGUUUUCCAUUGCUUAAUGCGAUUGCAAGCAUUUUUCAAGCCAGGUUGCCGAGGAGUCAAAAGGAGAAAAGAAAAUCACCGGGCCAACCUAUGAGGACUCAUGCUCUAACAUCACGGAACUUGCCUCUGAUUUAUAUCAACACUGGUGUAAUAAGAGUCUUCUUUCCCAAAAAUGAGGAAGAUCGUCAUACUUCAGAAGCUAAUCCAGCAAUUGAAGAAGACACUUUGGUUCUCAAGAUUGGAUCUGUCUCUAUGGCUCCUCAGGCUGACAACCCUCUUAGUAGAGCUGUGCUCAGAAAAGACAUUUAUCAGAGAGCACUGAAUCUUGGAAUACUAAGAGACCCUGGAUCAGAGGUUGAAGACAGACAAUAUCAAGUAGAUCUUCAAUCUAUAAACAUUGGUACUGCUCAUUGGAAUCAGUUGAAACCAGAGAAGGAAAAUGGAAAAGGAGGGGUUUUAACAGAGAGUGAAAGAAAUUCUCAAAAUCCAGCACUUGAAUGGAACAUGGCCAGUAGCAUAAGGCGUCAUCAGGAGAGGAGAGCAAUUUUAACUCCAAUUUUAACAGAUUUCACAGUUCGAAUAACUGCAGCUCCUGCAAUUAUUUUUACAAAAAUUGAUGCUGCAGAGAAUUUGCACCCAGAGGAAAUUUUGGUGUGUGGUCAUUCUUUGGAGGUGAAUGUGACAACAAACCUGGAUUUCUUCCUCAGUGUGGCUCAAGUACAACUUCUUCAGCAGCUUGUACAAGCCAAUAUGGUUGGACUGGAACCUUCCAGUAGCAUCACUGAGGUUUCCAAACAAGAGCAGAAAAAAAUGGAUGUGUCUGAUGGAGGAACAGUUGAGACUUCUUCCCGUUAUAGCGGGGCACAGGACAGCGGAAUCGGCAGCGACAGUGUUAAGAUCAGAAUUGUUCAGAUCGAGCAGCACAGUGGUACCAGCCAGCACCGCAUUGCCCGUCCUUCCCGCCAGUCUUCCAUCGUGAAGAAUCUCAAUUUCAUUCCAUUUGACAUUUUUGUUACAGCAAGUCGAAUCUCCUUGAUGACUUACUCAUGCAGUGCCUUACCUAAAUCAAAAUCGGUACAAGAUCAGAAAGAUGGUGAGAAAAUAAGCAAAAGCUCCUUGAACCUUCCAGAAGGGGGCUCGGGUGGCAGCCAUGAUACCAAGAAGCCCAGUCAGCCAUGCAUUUCAUCCGUCACAGCAGAUGACCUUUUGAACAGUAAUGUUCCCCUGGCUACUGGGAAAAAAACGGGUCUUUUGUCACUGGAAAGUCUGCAUGCUUCCACAAGAUCGUCUGCUCGUCAGGCCCUGGGUGUAACUAUUGUUCGGCAGCCUGGUCGCAGGGGAACUGGGGACAUAGAGCUACAGCCAUUUCUCUACCUUGUUGUAUCGCAGCCCUCUGUGCUCCUGAGCUGCCACCACAGAAAGCAAAAGGUAGAAAUAUCAGUGUUUGACGCUGGUCUUAAAGGAGUAGCCUCAGACUACAAGUGUACAGAUCCUGGGAAGACUCUACCAGAAGCUCUGGAUUAUUGCAAGAUUUGGUUGCAGACCGUAGCAGGAGAGGUAGAUGCUAAAAGUGGUAUUCCGCCUCCUCUUAUCACUGUGCAAAUUAAAGACUUCCUUAAUGGACCAGCUGACGUAAAUGUGAAUGUAUCAAAACCUUUGAAAGCAAAUCUCAGUUUUGUCAGACUUGAUCAAAUAAACCAGUUUUUGAAGAAAAUCAUAACCAGAAAUGAUGAUGAGUCCAGGAAGGAGGCUGCUCCAUCAGCUGGCAUUAUUCCGGAUGAGGAUGUCGCUUUGAUAACCAAACACCCCAGUACCACGGAUUUGCUACCUGCAGCACACACCAACACUGCGCAAAAGGCUUCAGUACAAGAAAACUUGUGGCAAGCCCUUUCAUGCUUCCAGAAAAUUUCCAUUCACACCGUUCAAAUGGUUGUUUCAAUGGAAACCAUACCACAUCCCAAUAAACCUUGUUUGUUAGUCUCUUUAUCAAACCUCAGUGGGAGCCUGAAUAUUAAAAGUGGACAUAAAACUGCAGGUAAGAGAAUCCACGGAUCAUCUUUUGUCCUUGACAUAAAAGACUUCCUACUUAAAACAAGUCUCAAAGAAAGAGCCAGAUCUCUGAUGGGCCCUUUUUGCUGCUCUGUUAAUGUGGAAGCCAAGUGGUGUAAGCACAGUGGUGAUCCUGGCCCAGAGCAAUCUAUUCCAAAAAUAUACAUCGAUUUGAGAGGAGGACUGCUGCAGGUUUUCUGGGGUCAAGAGCAUUUGAACUGUUUAGUUCUUCUCCAGGAGCUUCUGUGGCAGUACCUCACUAAAAAGGGCAGUGUAGAGACCUUGAUAUCUGAACGUGCACACCCCACUUGUUUUUCUACAGAAAGGAAUCAGGCCUCAAAAACUGAGCAUACUUCAGAUGAUCUGAGAACAGGCCUGUUCCAGUAUAUACAGGAUGCAGAAGCACAAAAACUGCCCAGUGCCUAUGAAGUUGUCUUUUACAAUGAAACUGAGGAUAGUCCAGGAAUGAUGUUGUGGAGAUAUCCGGAACCCAGAGUGCUCACUCUUGUAAGAAUUAACCCUGUUCCUUUUAAUACUACUGAAGACCCAGAUAUUAGCACUGCUGACCUUGGAGAUGUUCUUCAGAUUCCUUGCAGCUUGGAGUACUGGGAUGAGCUUCAGAAAUCAUUUGUUGCAUUCCGGGAAUUCAGUCUGUCAGAAAGCAAAGUCUGUGAACUACAGCUGCCCAGUAUCAACCUUGUGAAUGAUCAGAAAGAGCUCAUAGCCUCUGAUCUGUGGAGGAUUGUCCUGAACAGCAGUCAGAAUGUGGCGGAUGACCAAAGCUCAGAAAGUGAAUCUGGCUCACAAAGUGCGUGCGAUCAGCUUGUAACCCCGACAGCAUUAGCAGCCUGUACCAGGGUUGACUCCUGUUUUACCCCUUGGUUUGUGCCGUCACUAAGUGUGUUGAUCCAAUUUACUUACUUGGAAGUCCACCUCUGCCAUCAUCUUGACCAACUAGGCACAGCACCACCAAAGUUUCUUCAGCCAUUUUUAUCUGAUAAGAACAUGCCAUCUGAACUAGAAUACAUGAUAAUUUCCUUUGAUGAGCCUCACGUAUAUCUUCGUCAGUGGAGCGAUGAGUCGAUAUUCCAAGAGAUCCAGUUUUCAACCCAAACUGACUGUAAACUUUUGGAGUGCCGAAAUGUGACUAUGCAGAGUGUUGUGAAACCUUUCAAAAUCUGGGGGCAGAUUGCUAUCUCCAGCAGCACAGUAGGAAAGCUGUUGGACUGCACGAUAAUGGUGGACCCCAUUUUCAUCAACUUUGGCCAAUUCGCGCUUCAUUCUCUAAAUACAGCAAUUCAAGCUUGGCAACAGAACCAAUGCCCUGAGGCAGAGGAGUUGGUCUUCAGCCAUUUUGUGAUCUGUAAUGACACACAAGAGACACUGCGGUUUGGCCAGGUGGAUACUGAUGAAAAUAUUUUGCUGGCUAGUCUCCACAGUCACCAGUACAGCUGGCGCUCUCACAAGUCCCCACAGCUGUUACACAUCUGUAUUGAAGGCUGGGGAAACUGGCGGUGGUCUGAACCGUUCAGUGUGGACAAUACAGGGACCUUUAUUCGUACCAUUCAGUACAAGGGCCGAACAGCAUCACUUAUUAUCAAGCUCAGUGGAGUGCAAAAGCAAAUCCUAAUCUGUGGAAGACAGACAGUCUGUAGCUACCUUUCCGAAAGUAUUGAACUGAAAGUGGUUCAGCAUUACAUUAGUCAGGAUGGACAGGCUGUUGUUAAAGAGCACAUGAACUGCCUUGCAGCCAAGCAGAAGUUACCUUCAUACGUCCUAGAAAACAAUGAGCUCACCGAGCUGAGUGUGAAAGCUACGGGAGAUGAAGACUGGUCCCAAGAUGUAUGUCUCAGUUCUAAACAUACAGAACACAGCACAGUCAUUCAGGUACCAUCUUCAAAGAGUUCAGUUACAUAUGUGUGGUGCACAAUUUUGACUUUAGAGCCCAACUCUCAUGUGCAGCAACGAUUAAUUGUUUUCAGUCCUCUUUUCAUUGUAAGGAGCCAUCUUCCAGACCCAAUUAUCAUACAUUUAGAGAAAAGAAGUCUGGGACUGAAUGAAACGCAAGUGAUUCCAGGGAAAGGACAGGAGAAAGAACUCCAAAAUAUAGAGCCUGAUCUUACACACCACCUGACAUUUCAAGCCAGGGAGGAAGAUGAUCCAUCAGAGUGCGCAGUGCCUAUAUCAACCACACUAAUUAAACAGAUAGCGACUAAAUCUCAUCCAGGUGGCAAUGUCAACCAAAUACUGUCCGAGUUCUAUGGCACCGGUAAUCCUCCCCAGCCUGCAUGGCCAUAUAAUAGGAAAGAUUCAGACAGCAAUGAACAACUCUCCCAAUGGGACAGCCCAAUGCGGGUGAAGCUGUCGGUGUGGAAACCAUGUGUUAAAACUCUGCUGAUAGACCUCCUGCCCUGGGCUUUGCUUAUCAAUCAGUCCAAGUGGGAUCUCUGGCUGUUUGAAGGAGAGAAGAUCGUUCUUCAAGUACCUACUGGGAAAGUAAUUAUACCUCCCAACUUCGAGGAAGCUUUUCAGGUUGGAAUAUACUGGGCAAACACUAAUACUGUGCACAAGUCAGUGGCAAUUAAACUGGUUCAUAAUGUGACCUCCCCGAAAUGGAAGGAUGCCGAUAAUGGGGAAGUAGUAACGUUGGACGAAGAAGGUUUUGUUGAAGCUGAAAUAAAACUUGGUGCUUUUCCAGGUCAUCAAAAGUUGUGUCAAUUCUGCGUUUCUUCAAUGGUUCGACAAGGGAUACAAAUUCUACAGAUAGAAGAUAAGACAACAAUAAUCAAUGAUACAUCAUACCAAAUCUAUUAUAGGCCACAGCUUUCUAUUUCCAAACCCCACUCAGGAGGAGAGGACUUCCACUCCCCCGACAGUACGGUGUUCAGUGUCAGUCCAGCCGGGGCACCACCUGGUGAGAUGCUGAGCGCUGUGCCCUGCUGGGACCUGAUGUCGGACAGCAGUCCCUUAGCGGCGGGGGCACCUCUUACUGAAAAACGCGUGCUGCUGAGUUUCAGUCCAGGUGGCAGCACUGGCAGUUGUGAGCUGUGGAGCCUACCAGCUGUCAUUAAACAGGAAUUUCCUAGACAGAGCGUGGCGGUGCCCACAGGGGUUCGUAGUGAAAGUGGAUUUUGUACCAGAGCUGUAGCACUGACUUAUCAAGAGCAUCUUGGCGUGACGUACCUAACACUUACAGAAGAUCCUAGUCCUCGUAUAAUUAUCCACAAUAGGUGCUCUGUUCCAUUGCUUGUAAAAGAGAACUUCAAAGAUACACCAAAGUUUGAAGUUUAUUGUCGAAAGAUUCCAGCUCACUGUUCAGUUCAUCAUGAACUUUACCAUCAAGUCUCCAGUUAUCCAGAUUGCAAAACAAGAGACUUCUUGCCCAGCAUUCUUCUGAAAGUGGUGUCGUCAGAUGAAUUAGUAAAUGAAUGGAGUGAUUUUGUGGACAUCAACAAUCAAGGAACACAAAUUGUGUUCUUAACUGGCUUCGGCUAUGUUUAUGUGGACAUUAGUGGAAUUUGUUGUACUGUUUUUUAUUUAUGCCAGGUGAACUCAAAAUACAUGAUGUAAUAAAACUUCUUUUCCCUCCUGUCUAGAAGUCAAGACCAGACCCUGUCACUGAAAAUGUUCCUCAGUCAGUUAAGUCUCACUGCGUUUGAUGAUAUUACAAACCACAAAGUGUCAUCUGAACUUCUGCGUCUCACAGCAGAUAAUGUUUUCCUCCACAUGGCCCCAGCCACCAGCUACCUGAGACCCCUGUCACAGGAGUUCCAGCAGGAUGCCAUGGAAGGCCUCCCACAAUUUCAUAGUCUCCAAGUGUAUUGUGAAGACUUGCAACUGGACAAUCAGUUGUACAGCAAAUCCAAUUUCCAUUUUGCGGUCCUCCUGUGCCAAGGAGAAAAAAAUGAGACCGUGCAGUGGUCCAGAGUGAACAACCUCAUUGUUUGUAACAAAGAUUUGGAAAGCUAUAAGGAAAACUGCUUUAUAAAACUCUGCAUUGCUUUUUCUGAGGAAGAGAAUUUCAUGUUUCACGUGAAUGACCUCAGCUUUGAGCUCAAACCAGCUAGGCUGUAUGUGGAAGACACCUUUGUUUACUACAUUAAGACUUUGUUUGAUACGUAUCUGCCAGAAAACAAAACUGCUCGUCAAUCCAUGAAUACUUCAGAUACUACCCUGAUACUGCCUGAACAAGUGAGAGAGCAUGCAAGAGCUUUAGUCAAGCCAGUGAAGUUAAGAAAAUUAACAAUUCAACCUGUUAAUCUCCUUGUCAGUAUUCAUGCUUCGUUGAAACUGUAUAUAGCCUCAGAUCACACCCCUCUCUCCUUCUCUGUGUUUGAGCGAGGACCCAUCUUCACCACUGCCAGGCAACUUGUCCAUGCCUUGGCCAUGCAUUAUGCUGCUGGAGCACUUUUCAGAGCAGGCUGGGUUGUUGGGUCGUUGGAAAUUCUCGGAAGCCCGGCUAGUCUGGUGAGAAGCAUAGGGAACGGCAUAGCUGAUUUCUUUAGGCUCCCCUAUGAAGGGCUGACCAGAGGCCCAGGAGCGUUUGUCAGUGGAGUUUCCAGAGGAACAACAUCAUUUGUAAAACACAUUUCCAAAGGUACACUGACGUCAAUUACCAAUCUGGCAACAAGUCUUGCUCGGAAUAUGGAUAGGCUGUCACUGGAUGAGGAGCAUUACAACAGACAAGAAGAAUGGAGAAGGCAGCUUCCAGAGAGCUUGGGAGAAGGACUGAGACAGGGGCUCUCUCGUUUAGGCAUUAGCCUUCUAGGUGCAAUCGCUGGGAUUGUGGAUCAGCCGAUGCAGAAUUUUCAGCGAGUGUCUGAGGCCCAAGCGUCAGCCGGGCAUAAAGCCAGAGGGGUCAUCUCGGGUGUGGGGAAAGGAAUCAUGGGUGUCUUCACAAAGCCUAUCGGAGGGGCAGCUGAGCUCGUUUCCCAGACAGGUUACGGUAUUUUGCAUGGAGCUGGACUUUCUCAGCUUCCCAAGCAGCGCUCUCAUCCAAAUGAUCAACAUGUUGAGCAGGCUCCAAAUAGCCACGUCAAAUACGUCUGGAAAAUGCUGCAGUCUCUAGGAAGGCCGGAGGUCCAUAUGGCCUUAGAUGUCAUGAUUGUGAGUGGAUCAGGCCAGCAGCAUGAAGGCUGCUUACUGCUCACCUCGGAGGUGCUCUUCGUGGUCAGUAUCAGUGAAGAUACGCAGCAGCAGGCAUUCCCCGUGACUGAAAUCGAUUGUCUGGAAGAUGAUCAGCAAAAAGACCUGCUGAAGGUGCAGCUGAAACAACAGAGAGUUCCUUCUGAUUUGGAGGCAGAUGGAGCUAGAGAGAGACUAUCAGAACAACAAUACAACCGCCUCGUGGAGUACAUCACAAAGACAUCUUACCACCUGGCUCCCAGCGCCGCGACGGUGCCGGCAUUGCAAACUGUAGCUACCGAACACCUCCCAACUAUAACGAAAACAUAUCAAUAUGUAGUUGAUCCAAAUUUUGCCCGAGUAUUCAUUAGCAAAUUCACCAUGGUGAAAAAUAAAGCCUUGAGGAAAGGGUUUAAUUAAUAAUUAUUUGUGGUGAGUAUAGUAAUACCUUACUGUUUUGAAAGUAAUGCUUCCUCUGCAGUAACCUACAUCA